AUGGAAGAUCAAACUAACGAUAGCGCGGCGGUAGAACCAUUCAUUCUCCAUAUCCCACAGGGAGAGAUCGACGAUUUGAAACAACGCAUUGCUCAAACCAGAUGGGCAGACAAAGAGGUGACCGAUGGGUCAUUCCAGGGUACACCUUUGAGCAUAGCUCAGAAAGUAGCCAAGUACUGGAAAGACGAAUAUGACUGGCGGCGGUUUGAACAGAAUGUCAACCAGUAUCCUCAAUAUACAACAAGGAUUGACAAUUUGAGCAUUCACUUUUUCCACAUUCUCUCGAACGAGCCUAAUGCGAAAGCGAUUCUUCUCACGCAUGGCUGGCCGGGGUCGUUUGUUGAGUUUCUGAAAUGCAUCCCGUUACUCAUCGAUCCUACCUCUAAUGGUGGUCGCUCUGACGAAGCUUUCCACGUCGUUAUCCCCAGUUUACCUGGCUGGGGUUUUACAGAGCCACCGAAAGAAACUGGAUGGAAUAUGGAGCAUACGGCCAAGGCCCUCGUUACCUUGAUGGAACAACGCCUCGGCUAUGAGAAAUGGUUUGCGCAAGGUGGUGAUUACGGGGCCGCAGUAACGACGUUGAUGGCGCAAAUGCGACCCAAGGGUCUUGUGGCCAUUCACUUGAAUCUUCUUUUAUCCAUUCCCAAAACGCUCGAAAAUCCGACAGAUGAAGAGAGCAGAGCAUUGGAAGCAUUCCAUAUUACGCAGAAUGAGAUGAGUGGAUGGAAAUGGAUCUCGAGUACAAGACCACAGACAAUUGCAUACCUUCUCUCCGACUCAGCAAUGGGUCAGGCGAUGUGGAUCUACGACAAAUACCAAGACUGGACUGAUAACUCCGGUGAUCCAGAAGAUGCGCUUACACUUGAUGAAAUGUUGGACAAUAUUAGCGUCCAUUGGUUUUCACGAAGUGCUGGUUCUAUAUCAAGAACAUUUUGGGAGGAUAGACACUUCAACUUUGACUUUGGACCGGUUGAAAUGCCGGUUGCGAUACUCGUGUUUGAGAAGGACAUAUUCAAGCACCCUAAAAAGUGGGCUGAGAAGGGUUACCCAAACAUGAUUCACUUUCACACGGCUGCCUUUGGUACCUCCCAGUACGCUAUCAUCAUGGCCGAUGCCGAGCUGGAAGGCAGUGGCGACGGGUUCCCUAGGAAGAGAAUUUUGGCAGCGUGUGAAGCUUGUCGAGAUAACAAGAUCCGAUGCCGGCCUAGUGAGAAGCCUGGUGUCUGCCGCAACGUAGACCAAAAUUUGGAUCCCAAGGCAGCUUCUCAGCCCGCUGCCGGGUCGUCCAAAAGCUUCAGCAUUGACUUCGCAAUACCAUUAAAGGUGGAGGUGGAAGAGAACUUCAAGUCUCUCCAAGACGCUCAUGCCGACUUCUUCGACAGCCUCAUCUCUCCUGACACCGGAUCUGGCUUCUCUGAAGGCAACGCCACCAUGUAUAGCGUAGACUCAACUCCAACUUCUUCUACAGAUGCCGACCCUACUCCAGAUCUCCACGCCAAGCCGUCCUUUAAUCUUGCCUCUGCGGAAUCUCUAUUGAGUUCAUUUCACUCCAUGUUGUGUCACUUCCCCUGCAUUGUAUUAGACCCCGAUGUUUCAGUUUCCUCGCUGGCGUCGACACAGCCCUUUGUGUUACUGGCGAUUCUUGCUGCGGCGUCUGGGUCGCGAACCAUACAGGGCAAUAGCCUAUAUGACGAAGAAUUUAGGAAAAUCCUGGGCUUGAAGUUCGUUGCCUGUGGAGAUAGAACGGUGGAGAUCCUUCAGGGUAUCCUUAUCUACUGCGCCUGGUACCCGUUCCAUCUCCGGCCAAGGAACAAACAACCCUUUCGCUACAUUCGCAUGGCGGCCGAGGUUAUUCACGAAUUGGAAUUGGACCAAGAGACACCUGUCGAUCUGGUCUACCCCAACGCACUAGCAACGGCCCAGCAGCUGAAUAAAAUCCGCGCAUACCUAGGCUACUUCUAUCUUGCCUCGACACUUCCCGCAGAGUGGCAGGCUCGUGGCAACAAGCCUCCAGUCUUUACGAGUUGGACGGAAAGUUGCUGCAGGAUUCUUGAAGGCAGCACUGCUGACAACGACAUCGUGCUGGCAUAUCUUGUCCGUCUAUCCAGCACGGCUACGGAAGCACUUCGCGCCAUUAAUGAUGAUAAAGGUCACACGCAUCAGCAGAGUCGAUUGGUGUUACUGGGCCUUGAAGCCCAGCUUCGAGACUUGGAGUCCCUCAUACCCCCGCGCAUUGCCUCUACACCCGUAAUCUAUAUGCAAACCUUGUUUGUUUAUUUGUGCCUGCAGGAUGGCGUUCUUCUUAGAUUGCCACGCCUUUCUCUACACUUGAUCAAAGGACGUCCGCCGCUACCCCCAGAAGCAUCCCAGCUGUAUUCCAGCGUAGAUAACAUACAAAAGCUGCUUGGCUAUAUUUUGAGCCUCGAUGAAACAACCAUGGCCAAGUUCUCCACAGCCGAUUGGUGCAGAUUUAUUUCCGGUGUAAUUCUCGGUAUACGAUUGUCACUCGCGAUACCUGAAUGUCCCGACUUCGACACCUCCUGGGUGCGCUCUCGUUUGCGAUUUGAGGAAAUUCUGGAACGACUAUGCAAAGACACGGAUCCUAUAGCAAGCGCGAAGCCAAAGGUUGACGUCCUCUCCGCAAUGCGGACUAUCAUGAGAAUUGUCAGGGAUAAGUAUGUCCAAAGGCUUUCCAUCUUGGAAAAUGGGCCGCAAAUGGCACAUCAAAAGUUAAGUCUUGGAUGCCCCAUGCUCGACGGAAGCAUGGACGAGCAGUUGAAGCUUUGGCAGUCGGUAAUAGAUACGGAUAUCUCUACCGCGUCACUGCCGGGAGAUAUAGCAACUUCAUUGAGUUCUGACGACGAGAUGAUACUUAGGGAUCUCUGGGCAACGACGGCGGGGUGGGCUAAUGGGGAUGCGCUGCCAGAGUGGUAG